UCCAGAGUCAAAUACUGAGUGUUGAAGUGUGGAUGCAAAACUAGGCGUUUUAGGCUUAUCAAACUUCCAAAGAGAUGGAAAAAGAGUAGGCUUAUUAAUGUCAUCCAAAUUUUCAGGGUCUGUACUAUCUCCCAAUGAGUGGUGAAAAGUUGAAAACUCGAAAUGACUAAGGACCAAUCUUGUAAAACAAGUUCCGUGAAGAAAGAAAUCUCUGGGCCAAUUUCGCGAAGCCUUUAAAAUAUUGGAUCAAACGAUAAUUACAGUUUUGCGAAAACAUAAAACCCUACAACUUAUAUAGUUUUCACUCUCUCUUCCCGCAGCCGGCCGUAUCAUCUUCUCGCUUUUUUCUCUGCAAACCCUUUCGUGUGUCCUUUCACGAACCACCAGAUCUCAUCGCUAACUUCUUUGAUCUUUUGCUCUUCGCUUCAUUACUGCUGCAAUCAUGGCUGGCUUAGCACCUGAAGGUUCUCAGUUCGAUGCGGGGAAAUUCGAUACCAAGAUGAAUGAGCUGCUUGCUGCUGAUGGGCAAGAUUUUUUCACUUCUUAUGAUGAGGUCUAUGACAAUUUCGAUUCAAUGGGCUUGCAAGAGAAUCUUCUCAGAGGAAUUUAUGCUUAUGGUUUUGAGAAGCCCUCUGCCAUUCAACAGAGGGGAAUUGUUCCCUUCUGCAAGGGGCUUGAUGUCAUUCAACAAGCACAGUCUGGGACUGGGAAGACAGCAACCUUUUGCUCAGGAAUCCUUCAACAACUAGACUACAAUCUUGUCGAGUGUCAGGCUCUUGUUCUUGCUCCCACCCGUGAGCUUGCCCAGCAGAUUGAGAAGGUUAUGCGUGCCCUUGGUGACUACCUUGGAGUUAAGGUUCAUGCUUGUGUGGGAGGUACAAGUGUCCGAGAAGAUCAACGCAUUCUCUCUAGUGGGGUUCAUGUUGUGGUUGGUACACCUGGUCGUGUGUUUGACAUGUUGAGGAGACAGUCUCUUCGCCCUGAUAACAUCAGGAUGUUUGUGCUUGAUGAAGCUGAUGAAAUGCUUUCAAGAGGUUUCAAGGAUCAGAUUUAUGAUAUCUUCCAGCUUUUGCCACCUAAGAUUCAGGUUGGUGUGUUCUCCGCCACCAUGCCUCCCGAGGCCCUUGAGAUUACCAGAAAGUUCAUGAACAAGCCUGUCAGAAUCCUGGUCAAGCGUGAUGAGCUUACCCUUGAGGGUAUCAAGCAAUUUUACGUCAAUGUUGAAAAGGAAGAUUGGAAGCUUGAAACACUUUGUGAUCUUUAUGAGACCCUUGCCAUUACCCAGAGCGUCAUCUUUGUUAACACCAGGCGUAAGGUGGAUUGGUUGACUGACAAAAUGCGCAGCAGAGACCACACAGUUUCAGCUACCCAUGGAGACAUGGAUCAGAACACCAGGGACAUCAUCAUGAGAGAAUUCCGUUCUGGUUCCUCUCGUGUGCUGAUCACAACCGACCUUCUUGCUCGUGGUAUUGAUGUGCAACAAGUCUCUCUCGUUAUUAACUACGACUUGCCCACUCAGCCCGAGAACUACCUUCACCGUAUUGGUCGAAGUGGACGAUUUGGAAGGAAGGGUGUUGCGAUCAACUUUGUGACUCGCGAUGAUGACCGCAUGCUGUUUGACAUUCAGAAGUUUUACAAUGUAGUAAUUGAGGAGCUGCCAGCCAAUGUGGCAGAUCUUCUUUGAAGAGGUUUUUGGUUGUGGCAAGGUAAAUUUUAUCUUGUUUGGAUUUCUAUUACUAUAUCUUAAUUGGUAGGGGUUUUAGAGUAAGAAUUGUGCACCAGACUUAAAAAUUGGAAUGUGCCGGGGUUGCUGGCAUUUCUCCGAUUGGUUUAAGGUCGGAACUCAGUAUUCAGAAAUUUUGUUGGGUUGUCUUUUGUGUUGUAAGUGCUCAAUACUGCAGAUCUGGAGGUUGUUUGAAUUUAUAUUUUAUUUCUACAAAAGUCUGACUUUUGUUUGCUUAUUACUAGGAUUUAAGCAAUGCACAGUUUAGGAUUUGUGUUUUGCAUUGCACGAUUUAAUUUGUUGGCUAGUCUUUCCAUGUAUCAAAAUGCCGUAUCACUGGGCAGAUGUCUCAUUUAAGCUUGACAAGACUUUGCAAACAAAUUGAGACUAGAAUCAGUGUGAUGGCAUAGCCUGUUUCCAAUGCAAAAUCUGACGUUUUAUAUGACUAGUAAUUGGAACUUGGCAAGUGUUCUAUGCAAAAUCUGAAGUUUUCAUGUGUAGUAAUGGGAACUUGGUAAGAGUGUUGUCCAACAUUUUUGAGGGAUGCGUUUAUAAUUUACUUCUGGGACACAGGAAUUUUUCUGGGAUGUAUGCGAUGCACGACAAGCAUUUCUGUGUCGCUAUCUUUGAUUAUGUUUCACAGCUGUAGUGGUUGCUGAUGGUACUAGAAUUGUUCAGAAUCAUUUGCUUAUGGGCUUCCAAAAGCAGUUUGUAC